GAAAGAAGCUAAUUGAAACCCGUACUUUUUCGAUACGUAUCUCGGUAUUAAUGUUCGCGACGGCGAUGAUGAUAUUUAUGCUAAUCGUAAGCAAAUCGAAUAAUCGUAAUGGCACGGUACGACGUUCGCGUAUCCGGUCGUCGAAUAUCCUUUCGUGUCUUAGUCACUUGUCGCAUCAUAGAUUCAUCUUCGAUUGUUUACCUGUGUGUUGGUUAAACGAUCGACGAACCACACCGACAGUGCCCCGAUAUUUCCGUGUAGCCUCGACGAAAUGCCAUGCUGAAAUGGUUAAUGACACCGGGAUCGAUACUUUCGAUCGUCCGCGUACCGCAACCGGGUCAAAAUGACAUUCUUCUUCAAACAUCUGAAGCAUUUAGUUAUCCUGCAUAAGAAUCUGAGUUAACAUCUACUUUCGAAUUACCUUCCUGAAUCGUUUGACAGAAACACCAGCGACGCCUGGAAAUGCGCGAGUGAAUUAAAGAACAAAAUGGCGACGCCCGUGGUUCAAAGUUAUGUUUCGAGAUAGCUUUAAAUAUUAUAAGAGUCGAAACUCACCUCCUGAUUUGAAAGAUGUGAUCGAUUUAAAUGGUCCCAGUAACAAUCAUGUUACCCUUAGGACUAAUUUCAGAAAGAAGUUCUUAAAUGAACAAUGUCAGUAUGAGUUAGGGUUGAAACCGGUGGAAGACUGGCAAAUCUAUGAAUUUUUUGAUAUUCCAGGGCUUAUCUUCAUAAAGAAUCCAUUUACUAGUGAUGGUCAGCGAUAUUGGAUUAUAAAAUGUUUAAAAGAUUACUCAAGAAAACCACAUAAAUUAAACUUAGAUGCCCAUGAUGUUUUGGGUGACGGUGAUGCCUGGUGGGACUUAUGUGUUGCUAGCAACAAAGCUAAAGAACUAUUACCAAAAUUACGUUGGGCUACACUAGGAUACCACCACAAUUGGGACACUAAAUUAUAUUCUGAAGCAUCUAAAACAGAAAUGCCUAAUGAAUUAUCAUUAUUGACUUCAGUUUUAGCAAACACUUUACAUUUUAUGGACUUCAAAGCAGAAGCAGCAAUUAUUAAUUAUUAUAGGAUGAAUUCAACUCUAGCAGGUCAUACUGAUCAUUCUGAAGUGAACAGUAAUGCACCUUUGUUUUCUAUAAGUUUCGGUCAAACUGCAAUAUUUUUAAUUGGAGGACACAAGCAGGAUGAUCCAGCUAAUGCUAUACUUUUAAGAAGUGGAGACAUAAUAGUAAUGUCUGGAGAAUCACGUUUGAGGUACCAUGGGGUCCCAAAAAUUUUAUCAGCAACUACUACACCAUGGGUUCAAGAAGAAAGAAGUGAAAAUAAGAAGCAAUAUAAAUGGCACCCUGAUGAUUGGAACAAAGCAGAAACUUAUAUUUCCGAGGCUAGAAUAAAUAUGAAUGUAAGACAGGUACUAAAACCUGGGCAGACAUCUUUGUUAUAAAUUGUUGUUUAAAGUAUUUUUGUACAGUUUUAUUAAAAAUACUUAUAUUAAUUA